AUGGCUGUAAGACUCUGGCAAGUGGAGAGUACUGUAAGGUUUACUAUUUUAUUUCCCAUAUUAAUAAUGGCCCCCAUUAGAGCAGAUCCAGAGACAACACUGUUGUCAUACCUAUGCAGUCCCGGCCUCCCCAACAACGCAACCCUCUUUCAGAAUAAUUUGAACUCUGCGCUAGCAUCUGUGGUGAAAGCAAUUGUUCCAUCUGGAUUUGCUACAAAAGACGAGGUGGCAUCUACGGAUUCAGUAUACGUUCUGGCGCAGUGCAGAAAGGAUAAGUCUUCUGCCGAUUGCGUUAACUGCAUUAAAGUUGCAGAGAACCAAAUUCACAAUUGCUCCGGUGUCUCCGUCACAGCAUACUACGACGGCUGUUAUCUGCGUUACGAGUAUUUCAAUUUUUAUGAUCUGAGUUACGAUCAGAAUUAUAAUUAUGAUGUCACACCACAAGCGCUUUGCGGCAAUGUCGACGCCACCAAUUCUGAUUUAAUUUCGGCAACUGGUCGAAGUUUGAUCAGUGAUCUUUGCACUGCAGCUCCUGGACUAAAAGAUUAUUUUGCUGCCGAGACUAGACAAGGGCUGUCUAAUAUGUUGAGAUACAUGUGGAAGAAGGCGAGUUCCCCAAAGUCGAUAAUACUUGGUGUUGUGGGAGGGGUAAUCCUGCUUGGCCUUCUAACUUGUCUCAUUGUCUUCGGGAAGCAGAUAAUGCGGCCAGGCCAGAAAAAAGCGGAUAUUGAAGGAGCAACGGAUCUCCGUGGGCCAGAAGAUUUUGAGUUCAAGAUACUGAAAAAGGCAACUAACAAUUUUGAUCAAACAAAUAAGCUUGGACAAGGAGGAUUUGGGGAAGUAUUUAAGGGUACGUUGAAAAAUGGCAAAGUUGUGGCAGUAAAGAAGCUAACGUCAGGUCACUCUGCCCGUGCAAUUUCUGAAUUUGAAAGCGAAGUGAAACUCAUUUCCAAUGUUCAUCACAGAAAUCUUGUGCGUUUACUCGGAUGUUGCAGACAAGGCCAAGAAAGACUCCUCAUUUAUGAGUACAUGCCCAAUAGCAGCCUUGACAGAAUAUUAUUUGGGAAAAAAAGAAGACUUCUGAGCUGGAAGGAAAGGUUCAACAUUAUCCUGGGCACUGCGCGUGGUCUGGCCUAUCUCCAUGAGGAAUUCCAUGUUUGUAUCAUCCAUCGUGAUAUUAAAUCAAGCAAUAUAUUACUUGACCACAACUUUCAGGCAAAAAUAGCAGAUUUUGGGCUGGCCAGACUUCUUCCGAAUGAUAAAAGUCAUGUUAGCACAAGAGUUGCAGGAACACUAGGAUACACAGCUCCUGAAUAUGCUAGCCAUGGGCAAUUAACAGAGAAAGCCGACACCUAUAGCUUUGGUGUGGUGGUUCUUGAAAUUGUCAGUGGUAGAAAGAGCAUUGACUUGAAGCAACAACCUGAUAUGGAAUAUCUUCUUCAAUGGGUUCGGAGCCUAUACGAGGCUAACAAGGUUUUAGAGGUAGUGGAAAAUGAAAAGGAGAUGGAGGGGUAUAACGAAGAAGAGGUGUUGAGGGUGAUAAAUCUUGCGCUUCUAUGCAUACAAGAUUCUGCUAGACACAGGCCAUCAAUGUCUGAGGUCGUGACAACGCUAUUAAAUAAAGAUGAGAUUGAUUUUCAGAAAUAUCUGCAUACAUGUUUCGUAGACAUGACGUUCAAAGAAUUUACAGAAUCCAAUGCAACAGUUACAAAAUCUCUUAGUUCUCGCUAG